AUGGCCAGAUGCAUCGACAACAACGGUGUUGCAUACAGAUGUAAUUCCGCGUGGUAUGACUGGGGCAGAUGGGUCGCCCUCGCCGUCAUCAUCCUCGGCGCAUUCCUCAUCUUCUUCCUGUUGAGCUUGUGGAGUGCUCGCCGAAGACGUCGCAUGGGAAGACAACCUCUGUACGGCACAGGAUGGACUGGACGGGCGCCUUGGGGUCACGGAGCUGCUCAGUACAACCCGGGCUACCCACAGACACAGCAACCGUCUUAUCAAGCCGCCCCGCCUGCCUACAAUCAAACCCAGAGUUACGGCGGCUACUACGGCCAAAACCAAGGCUACUUUGGCGGAAGACAGACGGACGUCGAAAUGCAACCUCCGCAAAAUACCUACAGAGGAGGAGAUGAUGUCUACGCCCCCCCAACAAGUCCUCCGCCAGCUAAAAAGUGA